CCAUAACAUUAAAAGAGGCGUGUCUGGAUUGAAACAAAAAAAUGGUGAAAGUUCUGUUUGUUUGUCUUGGAAAUAUCUGUCGCUCUCCACUCGCCGAGGCCGUCACCAACAAGCUACUGAGCGACCAAAACAUAAAGAACUGGACUGUAGACAGUGCGGCAACCUCACGCUAUGAAAUAGGCUCGUCUCCCGACCACCGUGGGCUCAGACUAAUGAAAAGAAAAGGACUUACCUCAACUCACCGAGCAAGACAAAUCUGCCAUGAAGAUUAUGAUAACUUUGAUUAUAUACUUUGCAUGGACGAUGAUAACGUGAGGGACGUGAGACGUAUGGCUCCGAGGAAGCGAGAGUUUUCCGCUAAGAUUGAGCUGCUGGGUCGCUAUGAUAGAGAAGGUCCUGACAUCAUCGAAGAUCCUUAUUAUGGUGACGACCGAGACUUUGAAGCAGUUUAUGAACAAUGUCUGAGGGCUUGUACUAAUUUUAUACGUACUAAGAUGACUGACGAGGAACAGAAAUAGAAUAGAAAUUAAUUUUAUAGAUAUUGUGUUACCUAAUGUUACUAAAACUAUUUAACUAUUAAUUAUUGUUAAACUAUUUAAUUGUUAUAAGUGAUGUAGUUCUUGUUUUAUGCUAUGUGCAGUGUAUAUAUUUACUUAAGCUUUUUCGACAUUUCUU